AGGUGUUCCGCCGUAUCGCCCAGUACAAGAUGGGCUCGCUGGGCUUGGGCCAGACAUUGGACGGCAUGGGCCAGACCCUGCCAUCCCACCAGUUUGGAGACCAGUUCGAGUUGUGAAGGCAGGGCGAAGGAGGCGGAGGCGGCGGGGCUUGUAGGGCCACAUCUGUGCGCCUGCGCGGCUGCUGCUGCUGCUGCCACGGAAGAGGAGGCCAGCGGGGUCCCUGCAGCUGCUGCAGUCUGUGGGGUGCGGCGUCUUCGACGUAUGUAGCCACAUAGAGCGGGGAAGAGGAGAAUGGGGAAGAGGGAGCUACUUGCCAGAGGAGCACCUCAAAUGCCGUGUGGCGGGUGCGCAUCGGGCAGGGGUUCGCGUCUGGGAGGCGUCCCCAGGCUUUCAUGCGCUGUGGGGCGUAGUUGGCGCUGGAACGAGGGGUUGGAACGCAAUGUGGGAGUGCCGAAGCCAGCGCAGUCGGUAACAUGCUCGCUGCAUGAACGGCGUAAGGCUUCAGCGACGUGAGCGCUGUGGGUGGCGAUCUGCGAAUAGCAAAACAAGCAGCGUGUUGUUGUUCGUUGCGGGGAUGACCUUGGAUGCGCUCUUCCACCCCACCACACUUCAUAUCACUUCACUGCGGUGCACGGUACGUUGUGGCGGCUCGCGGCUGCCGUGCUGGACGGCUGAUGAAUGGAGGGGGACACGUUGUAGUUCGGCCCUACUGCAGGGCUACAGUGUUGAUGACGGCCGUUACCGUCGCUGAGCUGCAACCUCCUCCCUUCGUUGGGCUGAUUGGCACCGGACCCUGCCAUGUGACAACAUGGAAGGAUACCGGGUGACAGUUCGGGGUGUGGGCCGCGGCAGGGGAGGCUGCACGAAAAUGGCCGCCUGUAGAGGAUGAAAUGGGUCGAGGAACAAAUGUUGUCUGCUGCGAAGCGCUCGUGGCACACAUACGCACAUGCGCACACGCUGGCAGAUUGUGUGGGGAGUGUACAUAGCUUUGAAUUAUGGCUGGCAUGCGGGCAUGUGCGUUGGGACGGCAGGAGGGAUCAACAGCAGCAGCAGGAGGAGCAGCAACAGCAGCUGGCGAUCAAAGCUAUGUUGAGGUGGAGGCCGUGGGGAAGCACCUACAGCUGCUGGGCUCGGGGCUGCUGCGAGUACUGGGUCUUCCAGAUACCCGGCGCCUAGCCAACGGCACCCGGGUGCCAGUACAGCUGGAGCUGCAGGCUAGCGAUGCCGAUGCGUACGACAUCUUUGGGCCGAGCAUCAAGCACCCGGAUGCCGCGCUGGCGGAGGUGGCGGCGGCGGCGACGGCUAGACGGCCCGUGGUGACGUGGGUGGUGGACUCGAAGGAGGACGCGGCGCGGGCUGCUCGCGCGGGUGUGGGCAGUAUCGUGUCAAACGACCCGCGGGUCAUGCAGAGCUGGCUGCGGUCCACAUCCCAAGCCUGUAGCGAAGGAGCGGGGAUUGUGGCCGGGGUUGGUGCUACCGCGGCAAGCGGCGGCGGUGGCAGCAACUAG